UACGAUUGCAUAAAUCAUAACACGGUGGCAAAAAUUCAAGCCUCUCAUGAGUUAUCAUCUUGACACUAUACUCAGCAGUCAGCACCAUACCAGUUUCUCUUUUGUUUCUCUGUGUCAUCAAUGGCGCUGUGUCCCAGAACUCUCACCCCCACAUUCCUCAACUGCAAUGGCACCUCGUUUACAACAUCAAAAAGGGAACCUCGUCGUUCACUCACCAUUCACAUGAUGGCCUCCUCCGACAUCGUUUCAUACGAAGAGGGGACCCUCGAAAGACCCAAAUGGAGUGGGAAGACCCCACUUUCUCGCCUUGUUGGGGCCUUGAUUUCCUUUAAACCCCUUUAUUCUGCUAUGAAGUUUGGUGCCAGACAAGCGCUUAUCAGUACAGCUGAGAAAACGAAUAUUCGAUGGAGGGAAAUGACCAAGGAAAUAUUGGAAUCAGAGGUCUACAAGGAGAUGGAGAGUGUUGAAAACCCGAACAUUGUAUACCCAGAUUAUUACUUAAAUCCCUUUCAUGCCUAUGAUGAAGGAAACCUUUCAUGGCUGGCUGCAGCAGAGGCGGAGCCUGCCACGUUGUCAAUUACUAGAAGAGCUAUACCCGAUGCUUCUUCGCUGGAUGAAGCAAUUGAAGUAGUACGUGGGAAUUGGCUUCGCGUAAUUGAGAAACAUCAUCAGCAAUACUCUCGAAAUUCCACUGUUGGAAAUAUCUUAGACAUAGGAUGCUCCAUAGGUUGGAGCACAAGAUUUUUGGCCGACAAAUAUCCUUCUGCUAAUGUUACUGGAUUAGACUUGUCACCUUAUUUUUUGGCUGUUGCUCAAUUCAAAGAAAAGAGUAGACCUUCAAGAGGAAAAUGCAUUAAUUGGAUCCAUGCAAAUGGUGAAGAUACGGGCUUGCCAGCCAAGUCAUUUGACCUUGUUUCAAUUGCUUAUGUUCUUCAUGAAUGUCCAGCAAAAGCAACAGUCAAUUUGGUGAAGGAAGCAUUCAGGCUUCUCAGACCAGGUGGAACCAUUGCCAUCACAGAUAAUUCGCCCAAGUCAAAAAAGCUUCAGGAACUGUCUCCAGUACUAUUUACAUUAAUGAAGAGCACAGAACCAUUUCUUGAUGAAUACUACCUGCUUGAUUUGGAAGCCACACUAAGUGAAGCUGGAUUUACUCAUGUUCAUACGGUUCUCACGGAUCCCAGACAUAGGACAGUCACAGCAACAGUUCCAAAUUAAUUUUUUUUUCUAUGAAAGCAGCAUGUAUUUAUUCAUUCUCUGUUUAGUAACAUACGGCAAUACGCCGCUAAACCAACUUUAGGGAAGCAAAUUAUGUUAAAGUUUGUUUGAUAUAUGGGCUGUAUUUUACAAAUUUUUUCGUAAGAUAUUUGAUUUGCCUGGUGUCCUAUACCCUUACACAUGUAAAUACGAGCAUUUUUUGUGUAA